CAUGGCGGCAUACAGCAGAAAGCUGUGGCCUCAUCGUCACUUUUAAACCUAUCAUAAUGAUUUUUUAAAGGUUGCCUUUCUACAUGUAUAGGUUUAUUAUUAAAAAAAUGGACAACCGGUUACUGUCAGGAUAGAUUUCUACUUUUUUCUUUGAAGGCGGUACAUGAAAUUGUGGCAAACGCAAAAAUGCUGAAGAUCAAUGGAUUGGCUUUUAGUGUCGGUUUAGAUAAAGGAACCGUUUUACCAUAAUACAAAUUGUACAGCAACAGAUCUACUGUGUUGGAUUCUUCGAGCCGCGCCUCGAUAGCAAGUUUGUUUGGACCGGUGGCAGCCUUCUGGUAUCGGUUUGGGGACAGAAUAAACCCCGAGGCUCACAUUGUGGCCUGGCCGUGGGGACUAAUUAUCAAUUUUUAGCACACUGGAGUUCUCUUAGUGGAUAACAAAGUGGUUACGAAGAUUGUGGCACAGACCGCGAACAUUAGAAAAUUGUCAACAAGAUAAGCAAAUUAAUUGUUUUUAACGCGUCUUCAAAACAAUGGCGUCUUAUGUGGAUAACAGUUUUCGUCAAGCUGUGAUGAUGAAUCCGGCGGAAAGAACGCAACAGGACCUGGAGAUAGUCUACUCCUAUCUGCAUGGGAUGGAGGCCCUGUCGAACCUCAGAGAACACCAACUGAGGAUAAUGUGUGAGACAGUGCGCUAUGAAAGACACGAAGCCAAUGAAGUGCUCUAUUACCCGGAUGACGUCGGAAGCUGCUGGUAUAUCCUACUGUCCGGGUCCGUCUUCAUCAAGGAGUCCAUGUUCCUGCCAAGAAGCAGUUUUGGAAAGCGUUCUGCAGGGAGCCUGAGACGUGGAUGUGAGUGCAUCGUUCUGGAACCUUCGGAGAUGAUUGUGGUGGACUAUAUGGAGGAAAAUGAGGAGUACUUCCAGAGGCAAGCAUCACAUCGACAGUCCCGCCGCAGGUUCCGCAAGAUCAACCAGAAAGGCGAGCGGCAGACUAUCAUCGACACGGUGGACCCGUACCCCACUGGCAAGCCGCCCAUAGUCAGGGGAUAUCACACGCUCCCCGCAGACUUCAGCCGACUCCACCUGGCCGACGGCUUGCACCCACAGGUGACCCACGUGUCUUCCAGCCACUCAGGAUGUAGUAUCACCAGCGACUCUGGAAGCAGCAGCCUGUCAGACAUAUAUCAGGCCACGGAAAACGAGCCAGGCGACAUGGACCUCAGCGGCCUGCCCGAGACCGCCGUUGACUCAGAGGAGGACGAUGACGAGGAGGACAUCGAGCGAGCGUCGGACCCCCUCAUGAGCCGUGACAUCGUGCGGGACUGCCUGGAGAAGGACCCAAUGGACCGCACCGAUGACGACAUAGAGCAAUUACUGGAGUUCAUGCAUCAGCUGCCAGCGUUUGCCAACAUGACCAUGUCUGUGAGGAGGGAGCUGUGUGCCGUCAUGGUGUUUGCCGUGGUCGAGCGGGCCAGCACCAUCGUACUCAAUGACGGGGAAGAGCUGGACUCGUGGUCAGUGAUCCUGAAUGGCUCGGUGGAGGUGACGUACCCUGAGGGCAGGCCUGAGAUCCUGUGUAUGGGCAACAGCUUCGGGGUCUCCCCCACCAUAGAGAAGGAGUACAUGAAGGGAGUGAUGAAGACUAAGAUGGACGACUGUCAGUUUGUGUGCAUAGCGCAGCAGGACUACUGCUGCAUCCUCAACCAGGUGGAGAAGAACAUGCAGAAGGUGGAGGAGGAGGGCGAGAUCGUCAUGGUCAAGGAGCACCGUGAGCUGGACCGCACCGGCACCCGGAAGGGACACAUCGUCAUCAAGGGCACGAAGGAGCGUCUGACUAUGCACCUGGUAGAGGAGCACUCUGUGGUGGACCCCACCUACAUCGAGGAUUUCCUGUUGACCUACAGGACUUUCCUCUCCAGCCCCAUGGUCGUGGGCAACAAGCUCCUCGAGUGGUUCCACGACCCAAGCCUCAGGGACAAGGUUACACGGGUAGUCUUGCUGUGGGUGAACAAUCACUUCAAUGACUUUGAAGGCGACCCUGCAAUGACUCACUUUCUUGAAGAGUUUGAGAACAAUCUGGAGAGAGAGAAAAUGUACGGCCACCUUAGACUGUUAAACAUUGCCUGCGCUGCUAAAGCCAAACUGCGACUAGUGACACUGACCAAGCCGUCCAGGGAGGCCCCGCUAGCCUUCACCCUGCUGGGGGGCUCCGAGAAGGGCUUCCGCAUCUUCAUCGACAGCGUGGAGCCCGGGAGCAAGGCCGCGGAGGCCGGCCUUAAACGAGGAGACCAGAUUCUGGAGGUGAAUGGGCAGAACUUUGAGAAUGUCCAGCUCACGAAAGCCAAUGAGAUCCUGAGGAACAACACCCACUUGUCAAUUUCUGUGAAAACUAAUCUUUUAGUGUUCAAGGAGCUCCUAGCCCGACCAGAGCACCACCACGAGGCAGAGGGUGAGGAGCCGCCAGAGGUGGACCGCAAGAAUGGCGCCCCGGCACACCUGCCCAAGAUCGGGGAUAUCAAGAAGGGCUCGCGCUACUCCAUCCCUGACCUGGCGGUGGAUGUUGAGCAGGUGAUGGGCCUGGAGAAGGCCAGCAAGAAGGCCAAAGCCAACACGGUGGGGGGAAGAAACAAGCUCAAGAAGAUCUUUGACAAGACGCUCACCAGCAUCCUGCCCCCAAAACCAUACAACGACGUGGGUGUGGGCCAGUCGCAGGACGACAGCAUCGUGGGCCUGAAGCAGUCCAAACAGAUUCCGGCCGCGCUGCCAGUCAGCGGCAGCCUGUCGUCCAGCAACCCUGACCUGCUGCAGUCCCACCACCGCAUCCUGGACUUCAACAACCAGCCUGCCCCAGUCGUGAAAAACAUGUCAGACCAGGUGCUGCGGGUGUUCAAGGCAGACCAGCAAAGUCGAUACAUCAUGAUCGGUAAGGACACCACGGCCAAAGAGGUGGUGGCACAGGCCAUCCGGGAGUUCGCCCUGACCGCAGCGCCCGACGCCUAUUCCCUGUGUGAGGUGUCCAUCACGCCGGAAGGCGUCAUCAAGCAACGCCGGCUCCCGGAGCAACUGUCCAAGCUGGCAGACAGGAUACAGCUCAGUGGCAGAUACUACCUGAAGAGCAACAUGGAGACAGAGACCCUCUGUUCAGACGAGGACGCCCAGGACCUCCUUCGUGAAGGCCAGAUCUCCCUCCUCCAGCUGUCCACCAUGGAAGUAGCCACGCAGCUCUCCAUGCGCGCCUUCGAACUCUUUUGCGCCAUCGAGCCCACCGAGUACAUCGACGACCUGUUCAAGCUCAAGUCCAAGACGGGCUCGUUUUGCCUCAAGCGCUUCGAGGAGAUCAUCAACCAAGAGACCUUCUGGGUGGCGUCGGAGGUGACCCGGGAGCCCAACCAGCUCAAGCGCAUGAAGACGGUCAAGCAUUUCAUCAAGAUAGCUCUCCAUUGUAGAGAGUGCAAGAACUUCAACUCCAUGUUCUCCAUCAUUAGUGGUCUGAACCUGGCCCCAGUAUCUAGACUCCGGGGCACGUGGGAGAAGCUGCCCAGUAAGUACGAGAAGCUGUUUGGGGACCUGCAAGACCUGUUUGAUCCAUCCAGGAACAUGGCCAAGUAUCGCAAUGUGCUCAACAACCAGAACCUCCAGCCACCCAUCAUCCCCCUGUUCCCCGUCAUCAAGAAGGACCUCACCUUCCUGCACGAAGGGAACGACUCUAAAGUGGAUGGCCUGGUGAACUUUGAGAAGCUGCGGAUGAUCGCCAAAGAGAUCCGCCACGUGGGCCGCAUGGCCUCCGUCAACAUGGACCCAGCGCUCAUGUUCAGAACCAGGAAGAAGAAAUGGAGGAGUUUAGGUUCUCUUAGCCAGGGCAGUGCCAAUGCGGCGGUGCUAGACGUCACCCAGACAGGCGGGCACAAGAAGCGGGUGAGGCGCAGCUCCUUCCUGAACGCCAAGAAGCUGUAUGAGGAUGCCCAGAUGGCCCGCAGGGUCAAGCAGUUCCUGUCCAACCUCAGCCUGGAGACCAACGAAGAGGCGCUGCAGACCCUCUCGCUGCAGUGUGAGCCCUCCAUCAACACACUGCCCAAGAAUGCUGGUGGCAGUAAGAGGCCAGACACGUCUCCGGUGGUGUCCAGGGCUGCCAGCCAGCAGAGGGGCCAGCUGCAGAAGGGCAACCAGGCCCUCCAGGUGCCUGCUGUGGCCCUCUACCCCUCACGCAAGAAAGUACCCGUCAAGGACCUGCCACCAUUCGGCACGAGUUCCCCUCAGUCGUUGAAGAAGAUCCUGUCACUGUCAGAGGAGGCCAGCAAGCGUCAGACUGAGGACACUGUAUCCAACACCUGCUCGCAGCUCUCCUCCCCGCCCACCUCACCACAGAGCUCACCUAAGAAGGGCUACCCCAGAACAGGAGAUGCCUACUCAGACUCCGGUCACAGUGAGAUCACAUCGCGCUCCAGCCUGGUCAGCAACUCCUCCUUUGACAUGGCCCAGGAGGAGAGGAGGGGGCUCAGACACUCCGGAGGGGUGGGAGACCCCCACGCUGGAGGGGUGCGUCUGGAGAGGAGGGCUACGACAGACCCGGAUCAGUACAGCCUCGGUUCCUACUCGUCCAUGCAGGACUGCCGGGGUCUGUAUACCUGUGCCACGGUGCUAUCUCCCAGCUCUGAAGAGCUGACCCAGGACCAAGGGGACCGUGUCUCCCUGGAUGCUGCAGACAGUGGCCGCGGCUCCUGGACCUCGUGCUCCUCGGGCUCCCACGACAACAUCCAGACCAUGCAGCAGGGACGCAGCUGGGAGACCCUGGCCUUCGGGCCGGGUGGUGUGGUCAGCGUGGGUGUCCAUCCUCCCGGGGGGCCUGAAACAUUUAUAGGGGUCCCCUCUGGACUGUGGGCGUCUCACGCUAGAGGGAGCUGGGCAUCGGCCUCUUCAUCUUCCUCUGCAGCGUACUGGGGCGAGGACUCGGAGGGUGACACGGGCACGAUUAAACGUCGAGGCGGGAAAGACGUGAACGCUGACCCAGAGACGAGUAGUAUCACGUCCAUGGGGUCUGACGAGGCCAAGCAGCACGGGAGGCCAUCGCCCAUCACCGCUGGCAACAAGGGUCUUAUCACACGAAAGGAGAGCCGGUACCGCGAGCCCCCUCCCACCCCGCCGGGCUACACCGCCCUGACAAUCUCUGACUUCAGUGAGGGCCAGACGCAGUCGCCACCCCCGUCCACGGCCCCGUCCCACUCUGGCCGCCGCCCACCUGACUACUCCACAGCCCUGCAGCGCUCGCGCAUGGUCACCCAGUCGCCCGACUCCCAGCAUCACCACCAGGCCCAACAACACCCAGGUUCCGGAACCACAAAGCGCCAUGGGCUCCACCGCACCCGCUCGCCAGACGAGGAUGAAGAGCCGGAGGAGGAAGAGGAGGAUGAACAGGUAUCAGCAGUCUGAGAGAGAACAGUCUUCUGCUGGAUGACUUGAAGUCGCUUCCAUGGUGCCGGAAGAAAAGACACUGAUGGACGGACAAAGCAAUCCAGUAUGUGCCUGCCUCCUCCGUCGUACUCUCCCUCCUGAUUGGUAGACUCCUCUGCUCAUCUCUCCCUCCCCUGCCUUAAAGCAUUAUCAGGGGUUGAAUAACCCUGCUUGAAAAAAUACUGUGAAGAAGUAGAAGAAGGAGAGACAGAAAAAGAAAGAUACAAUGCCUGGCACUUUGGAAAAAAGAAAAACAAGUCAAACUGUUUUGCUGUAAAAACAUACGGCGACGCGUGACAACCACGCUCACACAAACACACAGCUGUCCUGGAACAGCUUUCCAAGACUCUUAUCCCAACCCCACCUCACUUUACACACAGCAUCAUGACGUGUUGAGCUUUGUCUGCACUUUUUCUUUUUCUACUUUAUAAAACGUGAACAAAACGGACAAUGAUGAUUUAAUAAAAGAACAUUGAUCGAUUUUGAACUCUUAAGGAUUUUCAAAUUCCUGCUAGGUUUUUGGGGGUCUUCUUUCCAGAACUAUUGCACUCUGGGGGUAAAAGAGACUAUACCCAAGUCUCAUAUCUAUGGACUCGGAAUAACAAAUCUGUCAAAAGGCUGUUUUAUUCCAUAAUUACAGUAUUAUCUGGUCAUUCACAUAUUAGACAUGACCUAGUGGUGGCUCCACCCCACUGCUAACUGGACAGUCACAAUGAGAGAAAUAAUCUAAUGUACUGACACACUGGCAGUUUGGCUCCAGCACUUUUCAGUAAAACCUUUAGUACAACCCUCCAUUCCCAACCCUGGCCUGGAUAUCGGUCUCUUUUCCCAAUACGACCAGCCACAUCUUAAGUUCUAGGUCAUAAACAGUAAUGUACAGGUUUAACGGUGGGGGCGUAGCAGUGGCCCUACCUGUCCACCCGGUCCCAUCUGGCUGGACCUAGCUGGUCGACCAGUCCCAUCUCCGAUUGUAAAACCUCUUCUAUUUUUAGUCAUAGAUAUGGCUGCCUAUAGUUGUUUAGCUAGCUAGGCUGGCUACCUACCUAGCUACCUAAAUUGGCAAACAGAAAACAAAUAUCCCCCCCACUGUAACACAGUAUGUUAGUCAGCAGUACGUGUUUCAGUAGAUUAACUAAAGUUCGCUAGCUAGCUAGGUGGCUUGCAGGAAAUAUACUUAGCUAGCCACCGUGUUUGUCAUCUGCCCUCUUGGUGCUGGCAUCGGCUGUAGUUGAGCUUCUAGCUAAAUCAAAAUCUUUGUUUUGAAUCCUCUUCGCUAUAUUCCUGUUGAAACGUAUGGGUGAAUGUCAUCAUGUAGGUAACAAAAAUGCUCCAUCUUUGAAUUCGUGUUGAUGAGAGGAAUCACUUGAAGCCAUUGUGGUCUGGUCAAUUUUUACAAUUUUCGCCCAAAGGAUUGUGUUGUUAGUGUCUGCCUCCCUUUCAAAAAAGCCUGCCUUGGUGGAGGGACGGUGCCAGAGCAGGAAGCACUGCCCACACACGUUUUAGUCUUUCAGAGAUUGGAAAAAAUGUCAGCUUGUAUAUUUAGCAAUGAAUCCGCUGAUAGGAACAUCCAGGUUUUAAACUGGACGGUCACCUGGUGACUUAUAUUCAUUCUAUAUUUAGACAGUAUUGUUUUGGACAACUACCUGAGAUUUAUAUUGGCUUAGUCUUGUCCCUAAUGGUUAUGUUGAAAGAUAAGUACAGAGGUGAUUUAUACCUUAUUUUAAAAUGAACCAACUUGGGGACGUGUUUGAGUUAUGCACCCCAAAGGCUUAAAUCCUAUAGAGGUGAAUGGAGUCUCGGAUCUGUCAGUGGUGCUGCAAUCUGCUGUUGCUACGUCCAUUUUUCGACUUAUAAAUUAAUGAUAUCCAUUGAUUCUUGAAGAAUAUAACUUAUAAAUGCCUCAUGAGCUUAGUUCAACUUUCAAACCCCAUCAUACCCCAAAAUAGAAUCUUGUUUUACUUCAAUGUUUGUAAAUGUAAACAGACAUUGUAUAGCCUCAAAAACAUGCUUACAACUAAUUUUGAUAUCUUGAUUGGUCAGUCCUUGCAUACAUAUCUCCGUCUAUUAAUUUGAGUGGUUACAUUUCUCCAGGCCCACCCCUCAGCUUUUUAGCAAAACAGAGGCGGUGUGAAUGCUUUAUUGUUUCAACUAAGGAUUGCCCUUUUAAGACUGAACUAGAAUACACGAGAAUGAACUAAAAUAAACCUUCUCUCCAACCUUGCUGUUGGAGACAUCCCUUCCUCUUCAUUGCAAAGCCACUUGGAGAAGUCCUCCACUGUUACAGGCAUCAAAAUCAGUGGAUGUGUAUAUGAGUAGGCAAUGCUAGCGUAGACCAACCUGUUAUCCACUGUUUCGCAACAUCAUUGGAAUUGACUGAAGGUUAUUGAAUAUGUUUGUUUUUUGACUCCAGUGGGGAAGUUACCUAGAUUAAAUAAUUAACUUUGAAGGCUGCUAAUCAGAAUUAUUAGUAAUCAAAUUGUGAAAGUGUCACUUAUUUUAUCACUGAGUUGUGCUGAUCACAUUGAUCAGUAGUUAGAAACUAUAGACUGAGAAGUAGAAAUAAACGAGUGCAGUGUUUUUCACUGUGGUUUGUCAUUACACUAUAAUCAUUUGUCAUGUUUUUUGUUCAUGAUAAAUUUUUUCUAUGGCUGCCAAUAGAUUGUCUAAUGCGUUUGUAAUUCAGUGGUAACAUGCAUCAUCAUCAUUCACUUUCCUUCAACUCUUUAGCAGGCCAAGUCCUAUUUCGAAAAACAACAUUGCACAACAAUGUACAAGCAUAAAGAUAAUUGUAGUAGGUAGAACUGCUACUCGGUUUGAUGUGAUGUCAAGUGAGAAGUGUAUAUUUAACUGGUGAUGAUUUCUCAUACUUUCUUGUACUACUUUGACCUGUAUGUCUUUUAAAAAGACAAUUGGUGGAGUAAGUAUCGGUAGUUUUUUUGUAUUUUUAAUACAAUAAUUGUAAAUAUUGGUUAUAUUUUUGUUGAAAUGUACUAUGUUUAUGCCUCAACAUCCAGUUUGUAUGAAGCUGGGAAAUCAAUAAAUACUACAAAAGUUAUCAAUUCAUAGGUUUAAAUGCACUUAUUUUUUUCCUGCAUUUGGAGGUUUCGUCUCUUGAAUAUUGUUCCUUUCCAAGACCUCUCCUACGCACCAUCUAGUGUUUGCACAAGAUAAGACAUGGAAGUAACUUGAACUGUGUAACCCUCAUACUUUUCUAACUGACAACAGUGUACGUCAGAAUUAAUAAAAAUAUAAGUCUCCA